AUGACUACCACACGCAAUCCCAAAGACUCGAUGAAGUCCACAUGGCGUACCGCCAACCGGGAUCAAUGGAACAUCAGCCACUGGGCACUCGAGCUGCUUAAUGCCCAUCCCAUUGAACUCGACCAGGCGGUGCCGGUACACUCCAAGCAGGACAAGAUGCCGUAUAUGCCACAAUUGUCUCUCAAUUUUUGGGUGCUCUUCUACUCGUUCAUCCCGCUCGCGAUCAAUCAGGCUUAUAUAUCAUACAUGGGCCGCAACCUCGGCCCAUUUGCUAUCUUCAACCUCUACUUCUUUUCGUUCAACACAAUCCUUGUUUACCAAAUCCGAAUUCUCCGUCGACUCGGCCACACCUAUGGCUUCUUUGACGGCGACCAGCACGAGCGUGACGGUGUUCCUGACGUUGGUGUGGGGAAGGUUGCUGCCUCGCUCUACAAGACAACUGGUUCUCGCUUAGUUCUGUCGAUCUACCUAUCCUACAAUGCCAGUCAAGCACCUCUGGACAUGAACUGGGCAUGGCUCCCUCUGGAGAUUGGCCUAUAUGGGAUUGUGCUGGACUUCUGGUUCUACUGGUAUCACCGUCUUAUGCACGACGUGGGCUUCCUCUGGAAGUACCAUCGCACCCACCAUCUCACGAAACACCCUAAUCCCCUCCUCGCCGCCUAUGCAGACCAUGAACAGGAGUUCUUCGACAUGGCCGGAGUACCGUUGAUGACCUACCUGAGUCUCAGAUUCUUGGGUCUACCUAUAGGCUUCUAUGAGUGGUGGAUCUGCCAUGAAUACGUUGCGUUUGCUGAGGUCUUUGGGCAUAGCGGUCUUCGUGUCCACAUGACGGUGCCGUCGACGCUGAGUUGGUUGCUGCAGAUGUUUGAUGCGGAGAUUGUCAUCGAGGAUCACGACCUCCAUCACCGCAAAGGAUGGCGGAAGAGCCACAAUUACGGCAAACAGACUCGCCUUUGGGACCGCAUCUUCGGCACGUGCCAUGAUCGUCUGGAGUCGGUCGAUAGCAACAUUGACUAUACCAAUACCCUCAAUAUGCCUCUUUUCUAG